UGGUUGUUUAUGCUCAAAUUUAUCUGUUUAGUUAGAGAAAAGACUUGCUGUUGAUAGUGUUGCGUUUAGUUGUGGGCCUUGUGGCUCUUUCAAGACAAAACUUUCAUCAUUGUUUCACUUGAUUUUGGUCAUUUUAGUCUCUGACCUGUUGAAAGAAGUUGGUGAUUGGUAUAAAAACCCACGACCACCAAGACACCCAACCAACCCAGCCACACCCACGACGAGCUACACAAAUGACCACAAACCACUAUCCCUCAUGUCUCCCUUCUACCCCACCACAGACCAACCAUACUAUCGCUGCCACUCUUUCUCAUCUGUUCAGACUUCAGACAACAACAAGAAACAAUCACAACACCAUGGGGCAACAACACCAACGAAAAAUAGAGACAAAGAAACAUCAACACCAAUCCUCUCACAUCCUUUCUCUCCUCCCACCUCGCCUCUCUUCUUUCGCUUCAAUUCCACGAUCAUGCUGAUUAGGCAAAGAAUGAAGCGACCAUGGCCGGGUGGCUUGAGAUUCGUGGCUGGGUGUGGGGUUUUGUGUAGUGGUUUUGUUGUGGUCGUGGCAAUAGUGGGUAAAAAGGUGGAAGAGGAAGGGAGGAGAUGGUAGGUGGCGGACUAGCGGUGGUGAAGUAGAUGGGAAAUGGUGGUGAACUAGGUUUGAGUUGUUCUGUAACAACCCAUUCAACCAGUUACCGGUCAUAGAGAUCAAAGGUGGGAUUAUUAUGGAAUAAUUCAAAGGUGAGAGUAUCUUCGGCUAAUGAGCCAAAGGUUGGAUUAUUUCUGUCCAUUUUUCCUUGUUGGAUCGAUAUAUGAGCUUAUAACUCAGGAUUUAUCAUGGUUGUUAUAAUUUGCCUCCAUAAUAUUUACUGGAGGUAGGGGAUCAAAAAGAAAUAAAGCUUUUUUGUUGGGUUAGGAUCAUUUUUUUUUUAUUUUUUUUUUUAUAGAAAGGAGAGAUCUUAAGCUCAAAAGCCAACCAACAAACCGUUAGAAACACCAAUUCGCUAAAACAGCCACACCAGGCCAAAAAAGGUCCAAAGAGGACCUAAGAAACAUGGUUAAACAGAGAGUUCAACAAUCUAAUAUUGCUGCUCUUAGCACUCCUAAGAACAAUACUAAUGACUGUAUGAUAUUCCUCACCUUUGAUGCUAUCUAUUAGAUAAUCCGGAGCAUUUACAUAAUUGAGCCAACUAGCCAAAUUUCUUUGAUGCCAAGUGUGGUAAAAAAGAGCAGCAAUGCAACUCUGCACCGCUUGCCUUUUAAAACGACCCUGGUUGGAGUUGAGCCAGGUGUAACAAGCAGGAAUACUGGAAAAAUCAACAGAACAGUUGAGCUUAAUACAACAUUUUUUACUAUAGAGGCAAUCCAAAAACAAGUGAGUGCUGCAUUCAGAGUGAUCAUAACAUAGAGGACAAUUGUCCUGCUCAAGGACUUUAUAUCUCUUCAGAACAUCCAUGGUUCUCAGCCUGUUCCAACAAGUCAGCCACCAUGUAAAUUUGUGUAUUGGAACAUUGAAUCUGUUCCAAACCCAGAUGUGCCCGUCCACCCUUGAGUGUUGAGAGCUCAACCAGUCAUAUCCACUAGCCAUGGUGUACACUUCUGUAUUUACUUUCCAAGUAUUCUUCUAGUAACCAUCUUCGAACAAAUCUCUUGUCUUCCACACCUGCUGCCAGUCCCAGGUGGUAUCCUUAGGACAUUGGUACCUCUUCCAGUGGUGGUAUAUAAUCUCUUGAAUGAUCGUGUAAGCUAACCUGUCUAAACAUUCUUGUUAAGUGGUUAGACUGCUGUAAUACCAGAUAAUUUUGUCUUCUACAGCCACGUUAUCAUUUAUAAAAUGCUAAAGAAUAUGUUUUUAUGGUGAUCCCAAUGCAUUUGUGCCAGUAUGUGUUUGUCUUGUCUUUUCUUUUGAAAUAACAUUCGCUAAGAGUGAGAAUUAGUUUUUGCAUUUUACUUUUUGUUUGGAAGUGUGAAACCGUGACGAGUAAUUAUACUUCCAAGGUAAUGGAGAAAGUGGCUAUCCUGGUGUAUUCAACCGUUUUUUACCUUUCCCAAGAUACGAAAAUCAUUUGGAAUUGCAAUUUGUGAAGUUGAAUACUUGUGCUUUUGAUGCUAUGUAGGCAAUCAAUUAUUGUUACUAUUAACUUACCUGAUGGCCAGUGACAACUCAAAAGUUGUAUUGCCAGUAUCCUUUAAAUCUAUAAAGGAAAACUGCCGUCUUAAGGAUGCUGCGAAGAGAAGAAGAUUUCGCCGUGCAAGAAGUGCUCCGCUUGUCAGAGAGCAUACCGAAGAAGUGAAUGGCGAUGCUUCCGCAAUAAGUCCGGAACCCUCGUUGAAAAGUAUUCAUCCGAGUCUCAGAAAAGUUGCUGCAUUAUUGAUUAUUUACCUGAGUGCUGGGGUUGUUUGUUUUUAUCUGAUCAGACAUCAAAUCGCUGGUGAAAAGACAAAUGCUAUAAUAGAUGCUCUUUACUUCUGUGUGAUAACAAUGACUGCAGCUGGGUAUGGAGACUUAGCCCCAAGAAGUGACCUUGCAAAGCUCUUUGCUGUUGCUUACGUCUUCCUAGGGCUGGCUUUGGUUGGAUUGAUCCUAAGUGAGGCAACAGAUUAUCUUGUCGAGAAGCAGGAGGCGCUGCUUGUUAGAGCGUUUAGUUAUGAAGAACUUGGUCCUAGUGACAUUAUGAGGAAAACUCAAACAAAAAAAACCCAACAUAAAUGUGCCUUGGUUUUUGUUUUUCUCUUGGUAAUCUUAUUAAGUGGAACUCUCUUUCUCAGAUUUGUUGAGAAGGUGCGUUUUUUUGAGGCGUUUUACUGCGUGUGUGCUACCAUCACUACCCUGGGUUACGGUUCCCCAAGUUUCAGUUCAUUGGGAGGUCGUAUUUUUGGAGUCCUGUGGAUCUUGACCGGAACUAUGUUUGUGGCACAAUUUUUCCUAUGUCUUGCUGAAUUAAGCACUGAAAAGAGACAGAAGCAUCUGAUUGAGCGUGUGCUUACUAGACGUAUGACUAAUUUUGAUAUAGAGGCAGCUGAUCUCGACGACGAUGGAGUUGUUGAUGCUGCUGAAUUUGCUUUGUAUAAGCUGAAAGAGAUGGGCAAAAUUACAGAGGAAGAUCUUUCACUUGUAAUGGUAGAAUUUAAAGAGCUUGAUGUUGAUCAGUCAGGAACAGUAUCUGCUGCUGAUAUAACUUUGGCUCAGUCAUCUCCACGAUUGACAAAAUAGGCUUGUCAAGGGAAGGGACCUUGAUUUACAUACAAAUGUUCAGUAAGUUGUUCAGUGAUAGCAAUUUUACAUAGGUACUUUGGGCAUAGUUUCUAGAUUAUUGUGUUCUGGAAUUUGUACUGAACCACGCUUCAAUCAUGGUUUUCUUCAAAAGGCAUGAUUAUAAUCCACAUUGGAUCUAGCCUGCUGAAAUGUAUCCAAUAUAAUCCCAUGUGUAUUUAAUCUUA